AUGGGCAAUUGUUUUGGUUUUGGUUCUGAAGGUGUGAGAGCAGGAUCGCGUGCUGCACGCUACCAGUCUCAUCACUAUGGUGGAGAAACUCCUGGUGGUGGAUGGUUUGCCUGUUGCCAGAGCAGAGGAGCCAAGGGUGACGGUGAAAUCUCAUACGUGAGAGUGUGCUUUGGACUGUUUCUCGGUAUUUUGGGAAUCUUACUCGUUGCAGGAGGAGUUAUGGUUGGCUACUACCCAAAGAAGCUUCAUGAUCAGGAGCCAAUAUUUUUCUAUGUUGAAGAUGCCACACAACAUGAAUUCUUGCCGACUUAUCAACUCAUGAUUGCGAUUGGAGUCUUUUUAUUCCUAUCAGCCAUCUGUGCCUGUUGCUGUGGUGCCCAAAGUGGUGACAAAGUUGCAUCCUGUUGCUUGCUGCUUGCUUUCAUAAUUGUCAUUGUUGUGGUUGGCCGCCUAAGUUACAGUGUCAGCAAAUUUGACAGCAAAAGAGUGGAGUCCGAUAUAAGGAAGAAUAUGAUGGCUAAAAUAAAUAGCUCCGCGGACCCCAUUUUGGAUUACAUUCAGCAAAAAUUGGAAUGUUGUGGGGUAGAGGGCCCAUCAGAUUGGCAGCAUAAUAUCAAGUUUAACAAUGAAACUGUCCCCGACUCUUGCUGUAAAGUUGAAACUCCCGACUGUGGACAGAAGUACAGACCAGAUAACAUAUUUCUGGGUGGAUGUCUAACCAACAUGAUGCACAAGAUUACUGCAAUAUAUUUUUAUUUGCAGAUAAGCUUUCUGGCUUUUUUCUCUCUCACUGCAAUUUUUGUAAUUUGCUUUUAUUGUUGCAUUCAUGCUAAUUGUAACUGCUAA